AUGGAUAACCGGCUGUUUGGAGAAUCUGCAUAUAAGGUCCAGGAGCACUUCAAUCCUGAUUCCUCUCGCCCUUAUAAUUCAUCCUAUAUUCGGCGAGAAUGUUCAUUUAAUUAUAACGGUGGUUCUUCGUUGUUAGUUGCCUCUGAUGGCAAGACCAUGCCUUCCCUGGUGGAUCUUGAGCAACUUCCCCAGCAAAUGUCAUCUGAGUGUCAUCUGGUGGGACCUUAUGUUGUUGGACCAACUGUCUCUGGAAAUUUCUCUAGGCCUACCGCAACUUCAGGUUACUUAGAUUUGAUUAGACAUGGAGUGCAUGCACAUAACACUGGUGCUGCAACAUCGCUUGGGAAUAAUAUUGUGGAACCAGUUAAUUCUUUAUCUAAUAUGGGUUUUGGUAAGCCCAUAUUGGACCAAGAACUUGUAUCCCGAUGUCGGCUCCAGGCACUUCGAUCAAAACCGUCCAGUUAUAAGCCUUCUCCUCCUGCAAGGUUUGGGCUUUCCGUGGCCCAAAUGAAUGGGUUCAGUGUCGGCCCGAAGAAUGCUCAUAACCCAGUACUGGGACAGAGGUCCUCAAAACCCUCCCAGUUACCAAUUAUGGGCCACAAUAAUUCUCAGCAACAAGGAUUCUGCAAUUUUCAAGCUCCCGAACAAGCAAAUAUGAUCCGGAACUUGCAGAAAAUUCUAUUGUCAUAUGUCAAGUGCAGGCUAGUGGAUGCCAAUAUGAGCAGUCAGGAUUUCUUGAAUCACCUGCAUCCGAUAAAGUGCAAAGGAGAAAAGUGUAAAUGCGAAAAUUACUAUGUUCUGAUAUCCCACUUCGAUAAAUGCCAAAACACCCACUGUGGUGUAUGUGGGCCUGUCCGUCGGUUGUGUGCUGUCGAGAGAAUCCCAACAGGUUCGGGAUUUCGAAAGGAACUUCUUUUGGGAGGCGUGCGUUCUAGAAAUUGCGUUGUUCAGGAAAUUCAACCUUCUGCUAAACGUAUGAAGAUGGAGGAUGAUGUUCAACAUGACGACUGGUCUCUUAGUGCUGUUGUCCGUCAGCAGUUAAAGAAUUUUGUUGGAGAUUUAGUGGUUGUUGAGGAAGACAGAGCAGAGAUGAGCAAGGGGUCGUCAUUUGAAGGCCAUAUUAAUGCAGCCACAUUGAACGAAGAAAUUCCUAGUUCUAUAAUUGAGGUUAGGGAAAGUGUAAUGAGUGGUGAUUGUUCAUUUGAUGAUAAAAUGAAGGGAAAUGGAGACACUGUUUCUCAUGUUGAAGAGAUCUGUUGGCUUGAUAAACCGCAGGAGAUGGGAUGUUUCGGCACUGCCGAGGUAAAAAAUGAUGGCCAAAGUCUUAGUUCUGGUGGUGCUUCAGAUCUCUCUGAGGAGUUGCCAAUGGAUGAGGUUAAGCACGAUAAAGGAGAGGCUGAAUGUGGUUUAACUAAAUCUGAUUGUCAAUUGCGAGGAAAAUCGGAGGAUUUGAAAGUUUCAGGUGUUUCUUUGAUUGACUUCUUCUUGCCAGAACAAAUCAAAGAACAUUUGCUUAGUCUGAACCAAUUUACUGAUCUGGGAAGAAAUGUAGAAACAAGUGAGCGCACUGUUGAUGAGAAUACAUGUCAAUUAUGUGACAUGGGUGUGCGCUUGUUUGCACCUCCACCAAUGUACUGUACAUGUUGUGGAGCUCGAAUCAAACACGGGUCAUGUUAUUACAGGCCGUUGGAUGAUGAAGCAAACAUAAAAUACUCUUUUUGUACCUUAUGUGUGAAGCACUCUCGUGGUGGUAACGUCUCUUUCAGGGGGCUCACUUUUCCCAAAGCGAAACUGUUGAAGUGCAAGAAUACCGAUGAACUUCCAGAAGGAUGGGUGCAGUGUGACAAAUGUGAAGCCUGGCAACAUCAGAUUUGCGCACUUUAUAAUUCUAAGCAAGAUUUGGAAGGGAAAUCAUAUUACAUUUGUCCGUUUUGCCGUCUGUUUGAGUUGGAAGCAAAAGGGCAUACCUCCAUGCCUCCAGUUCUUGGGGCAAAAGACCUUCCGAGGACAAAGCUUAGUGAUCAUAUAGAGCAAAGACUUUUCAAGAACCUGGAAAAGGAGAGAAAACGAAGGGCGGAACUUUUAGGGAAGCCUCUCGAAGAAGUACCUGGAGUAGACGAUCUUGUCGUUAGAGUGGUUUUAGCCCUCAAUAAGCAAUUGAAAGUGAAGCAGCAGUUUUUAGAUAUUCUCCAUGGUGAAUCAUAUCCUACAGAGUUUCCAUAUAAAUCUAAGGUGAUGAUGCUGUUUCAGAAAGUUGAAGGUGUCGAUGUUUGUCUCUUUGCUAUGUAUCUCCAAGAGUUUGGUUCAGAAUGCGGGCACCCGAAUAAACGUUCAGUAUACAUCUCUUAUCUUGAUUCAGUCAAGUAUUUCAGACCUGAUAUAAAAACUGUGGACGGAGUGCCUCUGCGUACCUUUGUAUAUCACGAGAUUCUGAUUGGGUAUCUUGAUUACUGCAAGCAACGCGGUUUUACCACGUGUUACAUAUGGGCUUGCCCGCCUAUAAGAGGGGAGGAUUACAUACUAUAUUGUCAUCCCGAGACUCAGAAAACGCCAAAUCCACAUAAGCUGCUUCAGUGGUACAAGAAAUUGCUUAAGAAAGCCAAAGAAGAAAAGGUUGUGGUGGACUACACUAAUUUCUAUGAUUACUUCUUUGUUCCAAGUGAAGAAUGCAAUAGCAAGAUUACAGCUGCUCGAUUACCAUACUUUGAUGGUGAUUAUUGGUCUUGUGCCAUUGAGGACAUGAUCCGAAUAAUCGAGAAAGAGAAUGAAGAAGAUUCUGCGAAAAAGUUGAAAAUUCACGCAACGAAAAGAGCUUUGAGAGCAAUGGGGCACAAUGAUCUGUCUGUGGAGAUAACAAAAGAUAUCUUGGUUAUGCAAAAGCUUGGCCAAACCAUCCUACCUUCGAAGGAAGACUUCUUUGUUGUCCACUUGCAGUUCACUUGUACAAACUGCCAUGAACCGAUAUUAUCUGGAAGUCGUUGGUCCUGUAAUCAAUGCAGCAAAUAUCAUUUAUGUGACAGAUGCCUUGGAAUCGAGCAAAAUUCCAGUAGACCGCAAACACACACUACCAUCCACGGGGAACAACACCAACUCUUCCAGAUUCUGGUGAAUGAUGUGGCCGGUGAUACCAAUGACAAGGAUAUCCUUUUGGACAAUGACUUCUUCAAUGAUAGACUCUCUUUCUUGAAGUUUUGUCAGGAGAAUCAUUACCAGUUUGACACAAUCCGGCUUGCUAAGCAUUCAUCCAUGAUGAUCGUGUAUCAUCUUAAAACCGCAACUGUCCAAACCUCUAUGCAAACAGCAAAAUGCUGCAGCUUUUGUCAACAUGGCCUGGUUAGCACGGCUGAAGGGCAUUGUGAGAUUUGUUCCGAAUUUAGUGCGGUUAUCGGGUCAACAUUUUUGGGUGCUUUAGGGGAGUUAACUGUUAAGAACAUAGAGUGA